AUGGUAGAGGUUCCAUCUUUGCUUUCUCUGUGCUUAGACGCUCUCAAGAAGAGAUUAUCCAAGGCAAGAGCUUUCUGUCAAUUAUGCCUCUCUGUUUUUGGUUUUAGAUUUCUUCCGGAUGAAAAAGCUUGCAAACUUGUAUCUAUCCAAUCUGGUUUAUAUAAAUACAACAAUUUUGACGAUAAGUUUCUCACAAUGGGUUGGAUCAUGGUUGUAUUAGUCACUGAAACAGGCCACUCGAGGGUCACCGUUGGAGGGUAUUCUAUCGAUCACUUAACAAAAAAGAGAAAACGUGGAAGUGUGUCCUUUAAGUUACGAUGGCCUGAUCUUGCCAACCAGACCAACCAACUGACUGACUGGCAGCAAGCAUAUUGGGAGGCACAUUUGCAAAAAGGUUCAUCUUUGCUUUCUCUGUGCUUAGACGCUCUCAAGAAAGAGAUUAUCCAAGUUGCUGGACACCUUAAUUAUGUGUUUGCCCCCCUUCGGAUUGUGGAAGUUGCUGAAUCAACUGCCACUCGAGGGUCAACCGUUGGAGGAGUAUUCUAUCGAUCACUUAACAAAAAAGGAAAACGUGGAAGGGAUUGGAAUAUAGAUAUUGCUUGGCAGUUGUCCUUUAAGUUACGAUGGCCUGAUCUUGCCAACCAGACCCAACCAACUGACUGGCAGCAAGCAUAUUGGGAGGCAAAUUUGCAAAACUGUCUUGAUGAAGCAGCAGAAAUGGCACUAGUCCCAUCUUUUGAAGGAUAUAUUGGUGACAUAAAGAUCCCUGAGACCAUAUUGAAACAUAUUGGCAUUUGGGGACAUCCUAAUCAUUCAACUUUUGACCAUGCAAAACUAUCUUAUCAUUGUCAACAUUUUGGCUGCCAUGCAAGAUGUCUGAGACUUCAAAAUGUGCUAUGCACUGCAGAAACUAGUGAUUUGUUGAGUGAAUGCAAGCUGCAAAAACUUAUACUACGAUGCAUCAGAUCCAAAGAACAAAUUGAUGGAUUAUGCAAGCUUCUCACUCAACAUAGUAAAACAUUAUCAUCGCUAGAAUUUGUUCACUGUUCACUCUCCUUAGAUUUUGUUAAUGCAAUAUGUGGUGCUCUGGUUUUAAAUGGUGUCCAAAGACAUGAGCUACAGCACUUCUCCAUCAAUUCAUCAAGCUUUCAAGAAUCAGGAACAAUUCCAUUGCCCAUUGGACUUGUGUCUUUUUUGUCUUCAGGAAGGUCAUUGUGCUCAUUAAAAUUCUCUGACAACAGCCUUGGCCGGACUUUUGCACAAGCUCUUUUUCAUACUCUUCUUAAUCUUUCUUCUAGCAUAUCCAUCCUUGACCUUUCUGAGAACAAUAUAGCAGGAUGGCUCUCUGACUUUAAGCGGAGGCCCUUGAGUGAUUCCCAUGUGUCUUUUGAAAUUGGGAAGUCCUUGCAACUGUUGCGAGUGCUUAAUUUGAGGGGAAAUAAUUUACGGAAAGAUGACGUUGAAAGUCUUGGAUAUGCUCUCGCUCAAAUGCCUAACUUGGAGGAUCUGGAUUUAAGUGACAAUCCCAUUGAGGAUGAAGGAAUCAUGAGUUUGAUUGAAGCAUAUGAAUCACGCUCUGCCUUGGCUAACUUGAAAUUGGAGAACUGUGAGCUGUCCUGUGAUGGUGUGAGUCAUCUUCUUGAUGCCAUUUCUACCUUUGAAGGACGAUUGAAGUCUCUUUCUGUUGCUGACAAUUUCCUUGGAAGUGAAAUAGCUGGGGCUUUAGCAAAAUUUAUGGGCACGUCUAUUAAAACACUUGAUGUUGGAGGCAUUGGAUUGGGUCCAUCUGGUUUUCAAAAGCUUCAAGACCUAAUGAAGGGAGAGCUUGAGCUUGUGAAAAUUAAUAUAAGCAAAAACCGUGGUGGGAUUGAAACUGCUAUGUUUUUAACAAAGCUCUUGUCACACGCUCCACAACUAACCGAAGUGAAUGCAGCAAUGAAUCUUAUGCCAAUAGAAUGCUUGACCAUCGUCUGUGCUGCAUUGAGACUGGCAAGAGGUAAUCUUGAGCAUAUGGACUUAUCGGGACAUAUUUGGAAGUAUGAAUCAGAUCAUGCUUCACUUCAUGCUGAGUUUGUACGUAAUGGAAAGCAUAUGUUGAUUCUUCCAUCAUCAUCUGCGUUAGUUGCACCUUAUGAUGAUGAUCCUUAGACAACAGAUCUCACAUGCUCCGAAGGCAAAAAGAAGGAGAAUUCAAAUCGAGAUUACUCAGACCUCUAGGCUAGGACUCAUUUUCCAAACAAUAUACAGUUAAUUGCCCAAGUCUUUCAAACUUCUCAUCAUCCACUUGGCUGAACUUGCUUAGGGUUAUUAUACGAAAUAGAACCUAACGUGAUGGAGCAAAAGCAGGAGGGGACAACUGUUGUUUUUCUCGUCAUCGGCCUUUGUUGGGCUUAAGUCCAAAAUUGGUUGUUGAUUUGGCUUUGUCGUGAAGUUACGCUGUUUUUUCUGCUGUGUCCCAUCUAAUCGCAGAACAAGGUGGACCAAACCAUAUAAUUUAAUUAUAAAGUAGUGAUUCUUGUGAAA